AUGACGGUGAGCGGUGACCGAUACUGGUGCGAGGGAACGGGUGUCGUGGAGGUGCGAUCGCAAUCUGGCGAAUCGGUAUCAGUGCGCGUGCUUGUGGUGUCACGGAAGCCGCUGGGCUUUGAGUUUAUCCUGGGGAUGAACGGCGUGAGUGCACUGGGCGGCGUGACGGCAAAGGGCACAAUACCGCUGAUGGCGGUGAUUCAGCCGAACAAAGACAAAGUGCGCCCGGUCAUGGACUUCAGAGAGCUGAAUGAGUAUUUGGACUCGCAUACGGCUGCCGCAGACGUGUGUAGCGAGAAAAUUCGCGAGUGGCGCCGGUUCGGACGGAACGUGUCGCUUCUGGAUCUCAAAGACGCCUACCUGCAGGUGCAUGUGAGCAAGUCUCUGUGGCCCUACCAGACCGUUGUGUUUCAGGAUGUCUCUGGAGACGGCGGAGGUGUGGUGUGGGUCGAUGCCAGCUCCCUCGCCAUCGGGGCCGUGCUGGAGAUCAACGACUGCGUCGUUGAAGACGCCUGCUGGCUGCGGAAGAGCUCGGACACCCACAUCAAUCUCGCAGAGCUAGAUGCUGUGAUUCGAGGGCUCAAUCUGGCACUGUCCUGGAAUUUGAAGAAUGUGACGAUCAUGACCGACUCGCGAACCGUCUAUCACUGGCUGUCCGACGUCCUGUCUGGCAGAGCCCGUGUAAAAACCAAGGCAGUGAGCGAGAUGCUAAUUCGGAGGCGUCUUGAGACAGUGAAGAAGCUGGGUGAAGAAUAUGCCAUGCAACUCUGCGUGAAAUUCGUCCCAUCGGCUGAGAACCGGGCCGACGCGCUCACGAGAGUGCCAAAAAAGUGGCUGACCCCGCAGGGCGCGUCGAUGGUGUGCGGUGCCGUCGUCACAGAGCCCGACAUCGCACGGAUUCACCACACCAGCGGCCAUCCUGGCAUCACACGAACCCUGAGACUAUGCAGGAGGCAGAGCUCUGACGUCACCAGAGCUCAGGUGCGUGCCGUGAUCCGCCAGUGUCAGGCGUGCCAAUCGGUCGACCCUGCGCCGCAGCGCUGGGUGCGCGGCACGCUAGGGGUGAACGAGUGCUGGGAAAGAGUGAGCAUGGACGUCUGCCACGCCGACAAUCAACUCUACCUGACCCUAGUGGAUUGUGGGCCGUCUCGCUACGCGAUCUGGAGGCGCCUAAAGCGACAGGACGCUGAGAGUGUCAUCGCGCAGCUCGAGUCAAUCUUCCUGGAGCGAGGCGCUCCCACUGAGCUGCUGACGGAUAAAUAUCCAUCGUUUCGAAGUGCCGUGUUCAAUGAGUUCGUCAGUCGGUGGGGAGUCUCCGUUCGAUACCGAGCAGCUCAUGUCCCGUCCGGUAACGGCAUCUCGGAGCGCAACCACCGCUCCAUCAAAACGUUAGCGGCCAGAAAGAAGUGUUCGGUGGUGGAGGCGGUGUAUCGCUAUAACGUGAUGCCACGCGCGGAGGAUCAGAGCUCCAGCCCCAUGGAAACGCUGUUUAAUUACCGAGUGAAAGUCCCAGAUGUAGACACGCCAGCUGAUGCCGAUAUCAGCCGCUUUACGGUCGGGGACAAGGUUUGGGUCAGGGACCCGAGCCGCCGCUGUGACGUGGCCAGUUCACUUGGGACGGUGAGCCGUAUUGUGUCUGUACAGUGUGUUGAGGUGGAUGGAGUGCCGCGCCAUGUGCGGGACAUGAGGCUGGCCGUUCUCCCACAGCCGGCCGAGGGCAGGAGUCCGCCGAUCAGUGAGAGUGACGACGAGGGCGCCCCAAUUAUCUUUUAUGAGCAGCGUGUCACUCCCGACGCUGCGGCUCGAGGUGAGUCGGAGGGGGCCUCGCACGAUGGCGAGGAGUCGGCAGCUGCUCGCAGGAGCACGCGGGAGCGGCGUCCCGCUACACUGACGCAGUAUGGUGAUUUAUAA